GUUAACCAACCCCUCAUGCGCCCAAGCUUAGCUGGCACGUUUUCCACCUAAUACCAGCCACCACCACCUCCUCCUCCGCCGCCGCCACCACUUGCACCACCCAAUACCCAACAACAAAACCACACUUUCCAAACCCUAACCCUAACCCCCCACAUUCGCACAAUGGCCACGCCAUCACCGUCUCCCUCUCCACCACCGCCGCCAGAAUCACCAUCAUCAAAACCUAAAGGCAAGAAACCCCACCCUGUGCCCUGGACCCACCAAGAAACGGUCCAUCUAAUCCAAGCCUACCAAGAAAAAUGGUACUCCUUAAAACGAGGACAACUUAAAGCCAACCAGUGGCAAGAGGUGGCUACAACCGUCGCAGCACGGUGUGGCUAUGACUACAAUGGUCACCCAACCAAAACCGUCAUCCAAUGCCGCCACAAGAUGGAGAAGCUCCGGAAACGGUACCGCGAGGAACGACGGCGUGUGUCUGUUACCGGCGUAUGCUCCUGGCAAUAUUUUGACCUCAUGGACUCCUUGGACCGAGGUCCAGUGCCUAUCCAAGCACGGCCUUUGUCUUUAAUACCACCCAAUGAUACUGAAGAAGAAGAAGAAGAAGAUAGUGAGGAGGAAGGAGAAGAAGAAGAGGAAGAAGAAAAUUAUGGGUAUAGAAGUAAAUCAAGGAGUAUUAAUUAUAUACUGAGAAAACCAACUAUUGUUAAUCGUUUUGCAGGAAGUGAUUCUGGGUUUAUAAGGGCAGCGGUGGCUGCGACAAAGAGAAAGAGAGAGGAAAUGGCAGCAGCUGUGCAGGUAGUAGAGGAGGAGGAAGUGGAGGAAGAUGCGGCGGGAUUGAGUUUGGCAGGAGAAAUAAGAGCUUUUACAGAAAGAAUGGUAGGAAUGGAGAGGAAGAAGAUGGAGAUUAUGAAGGAGACUGAGAAAUUGAGAAUGGAAAUGGAGAAUAAGAAAAUGGAAAUGAUUUUAGAUUCUCAGAGGAAAAUUGUUGGUACGGUCUUUGCAGCUUUUGGGCUGAGAGAGGACUAAGAAUUUUUAAGGUUCAGUACUCUUCUAAUUUUUAGCUGCAGUAUUAGGAUUAUGAAUAUUAUUCCUCUUGAUAGUCAAAUUUGAAUUACUACUGCCAACAACAAGUUUUUGAUGAUGAUGAUGAUUUUAUUCUAUCAGAUGACGGAAUGAAAUAGCUGUAGUUAUUUGAUAUAAUUUCAUCUGAAUUGUCUUUGCUAUUCUUGAUUAAAAAUGUAGUGAAUUGAUUUCAGUGACUUGAACAGCAGCUAACAAUAACAUGACCAAAAAUUGAAACUAUA